AUGCCUAACUUUGAAACCAUCACCAAGUCUCUUCAAAACUACGCCAAAAACCCUACAAUUAAAACCCCUGUGGGUGUUUUUGUGGGUGGUACAUCAGGCAUUGGUCUCAACACUGCAAUCACUUUUGCACGCGUCAAUGCUGCUUCUGAGUUUCCUACCAAAAUCUAUCUUGUGGGUCGUGACUCUUCCAAAGCUAUAGAGGCUGAAAAUUUAAUCAAAGAAGUCAAUGCCUCUGCAGUUGUCAAUUUUUUGAAGCACGACAUGUGCUACAUUGAACAGGCAAAACGUGUUGCCAAUAUUGUCAAAAAUCAUGAAUCAAAACUCAACCUCUUGUUUGUGGGUCAGGGUGGGUUCCCCUCAGGUGGCCGAUCUGAAACAGAAGAAGGUAUUGACAGAAAAGUGGCAGUGUGCUACUACACUCGCUGGCAGGUUGUUGACGACUUAGUUUCUUUGUUGGCCAAGGCUGCAGAAGAUGGCGAAUCUGCCCGUGUCAUUACUGUUCUUGGUGCUGGUCGCGAAGCCAAAGCUGAAACAUUAGACAUUACGGAUUUUGAAAUGAAGAAUAAUUACUCUGUGAUGCGUAUUCUUUCAGACACUCCUGCUUACAAUACUCUUGCUGCUCAACGCUUUGCUCGAGAAUACCCUAAAGUAUCAUUUAUUCACACCAGUCCAGGGUUUGUUACCACAUCGGUUUUCCGUGACACUGCUUGGUAUCUGCGUCCGUUUCUUAAGUUUGCGACUUGGUUUUUCGCAGUUACACCAAAAGUUUCUGGAGAAAGUCAUUUGUAUGCCGGCUUGACUGCGGCUGAGUAUGAUCAUGGAGCUCACAUGUUGAAUCAAAAAAUGGAUGAAGUUUAUACCGAGGCUGAGAAGGAAAGCAAUAAGGGCCUAUUUUCUGUGGAAUUACAGGAAGCAUUGUGGAAAGACACGGAACGGGUAUUUAACCUAGCGAUUUCUCGAGAUGCUUCACAGUAA